UUACUGUUGACACUGACUGACUCUCCUGACACUGACUCACUCUCCUGACACUGACUCACUCUCCUGACACUGACUCACUCUCCUGACACAGUAGAGCAGAAUUUUAUAACUGUGGGUCAAACUAAUGGACUAUGGGGGACCGAAGUCUGCCUCCUAAAGUGGAUGGUCAUCCACAGGGUCGUCUUGAUCUUAUAUUUGGUCGUCCUGCGCUCUUCCCUCCCGCCAAAGCUACACAGUCGUACAUCUUCACAUUCCGAUGGUGGGGCGACACAAGACCCUGCAUUUUACGACUUCCUCCAGAGAAGAGUGAAGCAAGAAUCACGUACUACGUCACCUGUGGCCCACAUUCAUUUCGACAGUAUUUGUGUGACAGCAAGAGCUUGCAUGUGAAUCUCAAAAUUGGUGGUGGAGAUAAUGUGGAAUCAGCAGAAGAUGAAAGAUUAUUUGGGAGACAAAUGCAAAGCCCAAGAAAAGUAGAAUGUGACACACCUCGGCAAAGAUUACUCAGGAGGCAGUUAAGGCUGAAGAAAGGUUGGCAGGAUGGCGAUGCAAUAGGGAACUUUAUACUACCAGAUCUGAAACUGAAUUCAAGAGGGGACUAUGUCUACGAAGGUCGAAUAAUAGAUUCUUCUGCUGAUAUAAUUGGCACAGUGGUUGUGACUAUGGUAUUUCUGAAAGGUACACUUGAAGAUUUCCAACAGAUAAAGAUCCAGAAUGAAGAGCAAACUUUCCUCAAAGAAAAUAUUACCAAAGAAAAGACAGAUGACACUCGCUCUAAAUCACGUGCUUCUGGAAUUCCUGUUUUGGGCUCGCAUGGUGGUAAAUCUUUGAAAGCUUCACCGGAAGGUAAUAAACCAAGAAGUCGCAGUGGCAGCUUUAGAGAAUCACUCAGGCAAAAGUGUGAAAGAUUGAAGUCUCCCAAGAAACCACAGCAAAAUGAAUAUAAUUAUGGUACUCUGGAAAAGGAAAAUCAGGCACCUCAUAGGAAGAGGGCUGGCAGUUUUACAAUGGUGGGAAGAGAAGGGACGACACAACAUGAUCAACUCAGCGUUAAAAGACACGAUAGUGUACAAGCUGGACGUAAAGAUGGUUCUCAAAUUAAAGAGAGAAAUAAUUCACAUUUAGUUCAAGGUAGUUUUGCAGAAUUUCAGGAAGAAGGUUUGCAGGUGGGAAAGGAAGAUUCUUCACGAUUGAUGCAGCAAGCAAAUUCACAAGUUGAACAUGAAGAAAAUGCACAAGUAAUGUCGUAUGGAAGUCCUCAGGUCAUGCGCCGUGUAAUACCCAAGUUAAACACCUCGGAAGAACUCUUACACUAUACAACAAGAUAGCCCACAAAUUAUACGGCGAGACAGAAAACACCAAGAUGGUAACUUUACCAGAGAGCGUCCUGCAAGUUGGGGUCUGUAUCCUCUCUUAAGUGGGGCUGAUCCACAUUCUUUAGUUGGUACGUCCUUAAGUUCUUAACUGCAUUGGUUUAAUUUUUCUUAUUUCUUAACUUAUAUUUUCAUCUUUGAUGAGUUUGCUUUAUUUCCUUCGUAAUGUUUCUUUCCUAAUAUUUAUUGGUUAAGUUUCCUGCAUGCUUUACAUCAUGAGCAGUCAAGGAUUAUCUAUAUAUGUAUACAUUUUUGUAAAUAUUUUUUCUUAGUACAGUAGUGAUGAACAACUUCAUACUUAGAAGUUUUCUUAUAAAAAGUAAUAUUAUUAUUUCUCAAGUGCAGUUUGCCAUGAAAUAUAAAAAAAUCCUCUUGGUGAAUAAAUAUGUACAUUCAGUGGUCUCUUAACCCUUUCAGGGUCAGCAGGCCCUCUCCUGAACUUGUUCUUAGGGUCAGAAAU